AUGCACGCACAUCGGAGUCCGAUAGGCUCGCCAUCCUAUGGCUCAGAAACUGGCCGGAUUGUACUUCAUGGCAACGGCCGCGCAGGUUCCGAGGUUCGGAAUGUGCCGUUCUCCAACCGUUCCCGUAUGUCUGUGACACCAAACGAUGGUUUCUCCAGGUCGUUUGGGGCUGCAGGUGAAGCUCUUUCCUUGGCCGAUGGAAUUCACCCGUUGUCUGGCACGAAACGUGUUGUGGAUGUUCCUUCUUCGGCCUCUUCGGAUUUGGACGUGAAGUCUGCGAAUGGUCCUAACAUGCGUAUGAGUUAUACCUUGCCGGCUGGCUCGACUGGUUCGAUGGAAGCAGCUGCACAGCAGUACGGAUUGUCGCGGGGUCCCCUUCAUGCCCACCAAGAGCACCAGCGCAGACAUGGCACGGAAGAAUCGCCACCACCGCCACCACCCCUCAUGUUGCCCACGUCUUCAUCGCCUUCUUCAUCGGUAAAUGAUGAUUCAGAGACCAAAGAUAUGUCGCAUCAAACCAUUCAUAAGUGCGAAAGCUGCUCGAAGGUAUAUCGUCAUCCGAGUUGUCUAAUCAAGCACCGUUGGGAGCAUACUAUGUAUUGGAAAGAAGCGUCCAAGUUCUUGAUGAGCAAACAUCAACAAGUACAGCUCUUGGAAGCAGCGGCUAUUCUUGUGGGCAUGGACUCAAAUGCUCGAUCUCUUCCAGAAGAAAAGGCGUUGUGGCCUGCAGCUGUGAGUCCCCCAUCGUCUGGAUUGCUCGGCUGUGAACACUUCAACUUUGACACUUUGAUGGCGUCGAAAGCCCGCAACGCCGCGAUGCAAAAUGACCCUGCUGCUGCUGCUCGUAUGCCUUAUGGUACGUCAGCGCCACCGGGUCCCUCUGUGGCCGACAUGACAAUGCGUGCUCGCUCUAUGGACGGAUUGCAUGCGCCCUCUAAAAAGCCCAUGUACCAUCCACCUACUCCUGUUGCGGUGGAUGAACCUGCAGAAGAAGGCGAUGAGUCUGGUGAACUCAAUCUGAGCAUGCGAGAGGACUCGUAUGGUCUGCACUCGGGUGGUGACGUCAUGGCUGACAUGGAUAUGGAUGCCGACGAGUAA